UUUCUCGUUGAGAAGGCCAAGGCCGAUCCCGACUGGGAUGAGGCCGUACCCUACGAGAAGAAGAUUCGUGGGAAGGUGUUCGAAAAGAAGGCCUCGGAGCAGGUGUCCAAAAACGAGCUGAGUGAUCUUGGCUUUGACGUGGAGCUGGACGAAGAUAUAAAUCAGCAAGGCCCGGUCUGUCGUGCUCCUGUGGUUGUGUAA